AUGGGCGAGUACGAUCACUUGGGGGCGAUUCUCGAGCAGUCGUCCGCGACCAAGGUGUCGCUGAAAACCACGCGGUGGACUCAAGGCCCGAUCAUAGCCACGUUUUGGAAGCGCAUGCGGCAGACGUUGGCGCCGCCGCUACACAGCCACACGUUUUCGUUUGCGAGCUAUUGUCUCAACAACAGCGACUGCUCGUGCGAGGCAACACCCUCGACAACUUCCUUCUUCACCGCUCCCAACCAAGCCCCUCCCACCAACGCCAGCCAUUCAGACCUGGCAUACCUAGGGUUUGUUUCUGCGCGCUUGGAUGUCGACAUGCUCCUGACGACGGGAGUCGUGUUUCACCCCCCGCGGGGCAAGCUGUAG